GUCGGAUCCGGGGCGGGGCCUCCGCGCGCGGCGGGCGGAAGGAGCUCCUGGCGGCGGCGGCGUCUGGCGUACGGGAGCUUCCUCGGCAGCCUCCUCAGACGGUUCCUCAGGCCUCGGCGCGGCGGCCGCUUUCCCGCGGCCCGAGAGCGCCCCUCGCCUCCGCCCGUCCCGGGCCGAGCGCCGGCGCCAUGUCGGCCCACCCCCGGAGCUACAACCCGUUCGACGACGACGCAGAGGACGAGAGCGCCCGGCCGGCGCCAUGGACCGACAGCCGCGACCUCGCGGACGGGCCCGCCGAGCGGCAGCAGGCCCUGCGGCAGGAGGUGCUGCGCCGGGCCGAGGCCACGGCCGCCAGCACCGACAGGUCCCUGUCCCUCAUGUACGAGUCCGAGAGGGUCGGGGUUGCCUCCUCCGAGGAGCUCGUGCGCCAGCGAGGGGCCUUGGAGCGCACGGAGAAGAUGGUGGACAAGAUGGAGCAGGAUCUGAAGACCAGCCAGAAGCACAUCAACAGCAUCAAGAGUGUGUUCGGGGGGCUCGUCAAUUACUUCAGAUCCAAACCCACGGGGACCCCGCCUGCGCAGAACGGCGCCCUCGCCCCCCAGCCCAGCAGCAGGUUGAAAGAAGCCAUAAGUACAAGUAAAGACCAGGAGGCACAGUACCAGGCCAGCCACCCAAACCUCAGGAAGCUCAACGACUCAGACUCUGUCCCUGGAGGGGCCGGUUCCACUGUGGUCUCCGAGGCUUACCCGCAGAACGCACGCCUGCGCGCCUGUCACCAGAGGAUCGACAGCAACCUUGAUGAGCUGUCCGUGGGCCUGGGCCGGCUGAAGGACAUCGCCCUGGGGAUGCAGACGGAGAUUGAGGAGCAGGACGACAUCCUUGACCGCCUCACAACCAAGGUGGACAAGUUGGACGUCGGCAUCAGGAGCACAGAGAGGAAGGUUCGGCAGCUGUGAGGACGGAGGAGGACGUCGCCCCACGUGAUGGAAAGAUCUGAACGGUCUUUUCAACGCCCAAGAAACUUCACUUAUUGCUUCAGAAUGUGAUUUAACAUGUGUUUGCCAGUGUU